AUGCCUUCCCCAUUCAACUUGGCCACUUGCGCCCGCCCCAAUAUCCUGGCAUUGCAGCCUUACCGAUGCGCUCGAGAUGACUACAAAGAUGACGGCACGAACGUCCUCCUCGACGCCAACGAGAAUGCAUUCGGUCCCGGUCUCGCCUUGAACAGCGAGGGCGCAUUGCAAGCCUCGCAAACAGGCGAUGCCACUGGCGCAUCCAAGCCGGAGAUUGACUUCCUGGGCCUGAACCGCUACCCCGAUCCUCACCAAAUCGAACUCAAGCAGCUCUUCUGCAGCCUCCGCAACACCCACCACCACACUCCCAAGACCCUCCGCCCAGAACACAUGUUCUGUGGCGUGGGCUCCGACGAAGCCAUCGAUGCCCUCCUGCGGUGCUUCUGCGUCCCCGGCAAAGACAAGAUCCUCACCUGCCCCCCAACCUACGGCAUGUACAGCGUGAGCGCACAGGUCAACGAUGUCGAAAUCGUCAAAGUGCCCCUGGACGCCUCCAACGGCUUCCACCUGCAGGCCGACAAGGUCAACGCCGCCCUCUCCGCGGACCCCUCCAUUAAGCUCGCCUACAUCUGCUCACCGGGCAACCCCACCGCGAACCUCAUACGCAAAGAAGACAUCCAGAAGGUCCUCGAGCACCCGACCUGGAACGGCGUCGUCGUCGUCGACGAAGCCUACAUCGACUUCGCCCCGGAGGGCUCCAGUCUCGCCGAGUGGGUCACCGAGUGGCCGAACCUCGUCGUCAUGCAGACCCUCAGCAAGGCCUUCGGUCUCGCGGGCAUCCGUCUCGGUGUCGCGUAUACGAGCCCUGAAAUUGCCCUCCUGCUCAACAGCCUCAAGGCCCCCUAUAACAUUUCCAGCCCGACGAGUGCGCUCGCCUCCGCGGCCCUCACGGCCCCCAAUAUGGCGGUUAUGCACGGCUAUCGCACGCAGAUCAUCGCCCAGCGCGAUCGUCUGCUUCGUGAGCUCCCUGCUAUCCCGGGAGUGGGUCAGUUCCUGGGUGGGUCGGAUGCGAACUUCUUGCUGGUGCAGAUGCUCAACCAGGAGGGCCGACCGUGUAAUGUGACGGCGCUGGCGGCCUACGAGGCGAUGGCAGAGAAGCGCGGAGUGGUUGUUCGGUUCCGUGGCAAGGAACUCGGGUGUGAGGGCUGCCUUCGUAUUACCGUUGGCACGGAGGCAGAGGUCACCAAGUUCCUGCAGGAAUUGCGGGUUGUUCUGGAGGGGCUGCGCUCGGGGGCUGGUAUCACGUCCCUGCGGUAA